AGUUGUACGUUCGAAACCUGUCGCCGUCACUUGCGCUUUUGGCAUUAUCCAUUGUCACCGCGGAGGAACGAGCGCUUGAGAUAACAUCAGCGCCCGCAAAUCUCCGCGCCAAGACGCUGCGCUACUCCUUUCGAGGUGCGCCUCUGGUCCUCCGUCCCGGGUGCCUAGCAGCGGCGAGGCGGCAUCUCCGCUCCCACCACCGUGUCCACCGAGCCCCGGGAUCAGGGUGGCAGUUCUCAACGAUGGGCAGGAGGGACCUCGGCGGCGACCCCUAAAACAAUACCAUGCCCCGGGAGCCCCGCUGCUGCCGCGCCAGCGUCUUCCCUUUCCACCUCCCUGACCCUGUCGGAUUUGGAUGAGCCCAUUGCGAGGAGAAGACGCAGCCGUCAGAUUGCAGAUUGAGCUUAACCAAGAAGUUCGUAGGCUAAUCAAGGCUGGCUUGACCUACAAAAGAAGAGAAUUCUGCCUUGUGUUGACACGGCUGAUAACUUGCCAUCACCUCUUGCCAGUGUGGAAAAAUUCUCCCUGUUGAAUUUUUUGCACAUGGAGGACAGCAGCAAAGAGGGCAACACAGGCUGAUAAAACCCAGGACAGCAGGGAGAUUAUUUUACCAUACGCCUUCAGGACGUUCCCUCUAGCUAGAGUUCUGGACUUCCGCAGAACCCGGUCCAGUCAUUUUGAUUUUGCUAUCUGUUUAUUUUUUUUUCUUUUUCUUUUUCCCACUACAUUGUAUUUUAUUUCCGUACUUCAGAAAUGGGCCUACAGACCACAAAGUGGCCCAGCCAUGGGGCUUUUUUCCUGAAGUCUUGGCUUAUCAUUUCCCUGGGGCUCUACUCACAGGUGUCCAAACUCCUGGCCUGCCCUAGUGUGUGCCGCUGCGACAGGAACUUUGUCUACUGUAAUGAGCGAAGCUUGACCUCAGUGCCUCUUGGGAUCCCGGAGGGCGUAACCGUACUCUACCUCCACAACAACCAAAUUAAUAAUGCUGGAUUUCCUGCAGAACUGCACAAUGUACAGUCGGUGCACACGGUCUACCUGUACGGCAACCAACUGGACGAAUUCCCCAUGAACCUUCCCAAGAAUGUCAGAGUUCUCCAUUUGCAGGAAAACAAUAUUCAGACCAUUUCACGGGCUGCUCUUGCCCAGCUCUUGAAGCUUGAAGAGCUGCACCUGGAUGACAACUCCAUAUCCACAGUGGGGGUGGAAGACGGGGCCUUCCGGGAGGCUAUUAGCCUCAAAUUGUUGUUUUUGUCUAAGAAUCACCUGAGCAGUGUGCCUGUGGGGCUUCCUGUGGACUUGCAAGAGCUAAGGGUGGAUGAAAAUCGAAUUGCUGUCAUAUCCGACAUGGCAUUCCAGAAUCUCACGAGCUUGGAGCGUCUUAUUGUGGACGGGAACCUCCUGACCAACAAGGGUAUCGCCGACGGCACCUUCAGCCAUCUCACCAAGCUCAAGGAAUUUUCAAUCGUCCGUAAUUCGCUGUCCCACCCUCCUCCCGAUCUCCCAGGUACACAUCUGAUCAGGCUCUAUUUGCAGGACAACCAGAUAAACCACAUUCCUUUGACAGCCUUCUCAAAUCUGCGUAAGCUGGAACGGCUGGAUAUAUCCAACAACCAACUGCGGAUGCUGACUCAAGGGGUUUUUGAUAAUCUCUCCAACCUGAAGCAGCUCACUGCGCGGAAUAACCCUUGGUUUUGUGACUGCAGUAUCAAAUGGGUCACGGAAUGGCUCAAAUACAUCCCUUCAUCUCUCAACGUGCGGGGUUUCAUGUGCCAAGGUCCUGAACAAGUCCGGGGGAUGGCCGUCAGGGAAUUAAAUAUGAAUCUUUUGUCCUGUCCCACCACGACCCCCGGCCUGCCUCUCUUCACCCCAGCCCCGAGUACAGCUUCUCCGACCACUCAGCCUCCCACCCUCUCUGUUCCAAACCCUAGCAGAAGCCACACGCCUCCAACUCCUACCACAUCGAAACUUCCCACGAUUCCUGACUGGGAUGGCAGAGAAAGAGUGACCCCACCUAUUUCUGAACGGAUCCAGCUCUCUAUCCAUUUUGUGAAUGAUACUUCCAUUCAAGUCAGCUGGCUCUCUCUCUUCACCGUGAUGGCAUACAAACUCACAUGGGUGAAAAUGGGCCACAGUUUAGUAGGGGGCAUCGUUCAGGAGCGCAUAGUCAGCGGUGAGAAGCAACACCUGAGCCUGGUUAACCUAGAGCCCCGAUCCACCUAUCGGAUUUGUUUGGUGCCACUGGAUGCUUUUAACUACCGCGUGGUAGAAGACACCAUUUGUUCAGAGGCCACCACUCACGCCUCCUAUCUGAACAACGGCAGCAACACAGCAUCCAGUCAUGAGCAGACGACGUCCCACAGCAUGGGCUCCCCCUUUCUGCUGGCGGGCUUAAUCGGGGGUGCGGUGAUAUUUGUGCUCGUGGUCUUGCUCAGCGUCUUUUGCUGGCACAUGCACAAAAAGGGGCGCUACACCUCCCAGAAGUGGAAAUACAACCGGGGCCGGCGGAAAGAUGAUUAUUGCGAGGCAGGCACCAAGAAGGACAAUUCCAUCCUGGAGAUGACAGAAACCAGUUUUCAGAUCGUCUCCUUAAAUAACGAUCAACUCCUUAAAGGAGAUUUCAGACUGCAGCCCAUUUACACCCCAAAUGGGGGCAUUAAUUACACAGACUGCCAUAUCCCCAACAACAUGCGAUACUGCAACAGCAGCGUGCCAGACCUAGAGCACUGCCAUACGUGACAGCCAGAGGCCCAGCGUUAUCAAGGCGGACAGUUAGACUCUUGAGAACACACUCGUGUGUGCACGUAAAGACACGCAGAUUACAUUUGAUAAAUGUUACACAGAUGCAUUUGUGCAUUUGAAUACUCUGUAAUUUAUACGGUGUACUAUAUAAUGGGAUUUUAAAAAAGUGCUAUCUUUUCUAUUUCAAGUUAAUUACAAACAGUUUUGUAACUCUUUGCUUUUUAAAACUUAAAAAAAAUAGUUGCUGAAGUACUGUACAGGGUCGUACAAUGAGAACCCAAUGCCAAGGCAAAAAGAACGAGUGAUUCUUCCUUAGGAUACACAUCAACCACUUCGCUGUUGAAGCUGUCAGAAUAAAUUCCUGGUGGUCAGAUGAAAGGGCAGAUUAAAUGGACUCAUCAGGGUAAGAGGAAUAAUAUGGGUGAAACAAGAAAUGGCCCAGAUAGUUUCACACUAUUCCUAUACCUCCAGGUCUGGAAGACAGGUAAAAAGAUUCUAUAAUGUAAUAAUGGAGGUAGUUACCCUGAUUUGACCCAGUGCAGGAAAUGCUGAAAGCACCAGGAGGAAGCUAGUUCCCGUGAGAUAAAUUAACCCGGCCUGACAGAAUCAAGAAAAUUGAGAUGAGAUUUGAAAAGACCUAAAAAUUCAGGGGUUGGCUUUCUGACUGGGAACUUCAAAAUCACUCUUCAUGCUUCCCUGGUCCUAAGUGAUAACAGAGUUAGAGACUUGAGUCUGAUUUCAGUCAUCUUCAGGGACCGGUCUGAUGUUGUAGCAAGAAAACUCCCUUUAAAAGUGUUACUGUUCAAAUCAUAUGUCAGGUUGAAUCACAUUCAACAGAGAUAUAUUCUAGAAUAAUUUUUUAGAAGAGGCUAAUAAAAUUAAGGGAAGAAUUAUAUUGAAUGGAAUUAUUUUUGAUAAUGAGAAUUAUUUGGGUAGAUUCACUGAGGCUAUGUCAACAUGAUAUUUAGACCAACAGGUGAUCAAUGUUUUGAAAAUACAACAAUGACUUAUUUAAAAAUUACCCUUACUGCUAUUUAGACAAAAACAACUGGUCACUGGUUCUGUUAUGUCAGCUGACUUUGUUAGUAUCAUGUUGAAAUAGCUUGAAGUAAUAUCUUUUAUCCCCUUGCAAAUUCUUGUCUUCCAAUCAUCUCCCAUAUAUUUUCAUAAUUAGUUGUUUAUAACACUUUCGUUUUUCUCCCUCUGCUCAGUAUUUCAAGGACAAUUAUGGAUGCCAGUCUUGGCUGCACAAAAUAUCCAUAUGUACUUAUACAUUUUUAAAUGCAUACUAAUUUUCACUGCUAAUAAUUCUGUAAGGACACAUCAAAGCUGGCCAAAAUAAUUAAUUUUUAAAAAAGCGAUACCUGGUUUCCACCUUGUACUGACUUUGAUCCUGUUCCACUUUUGAAAUUUUAUUUGUUCCUUUUCCGUCGUGGAUGUUCCUCUAGUUUGGCAAAUGCGGAGGGAUCAUCAAUCUUCUGUUAGCAGGACAACGCAUGAAAAGCAAACAAGUCAGAGAGUGAAGGCUUGUUCCCCUAAUCCUGGCAGAGCAGGGCAUAGAAAAGAGAGGGAUGUCCUUGCUUAAUUCUAGAUACUUUUGAGGCAACAUCUUCAUAAAACACAUAGUUUAAUCUUUGCCGUCCUUAGAGAAGGGCUAUGGAUCACAUACAUUAUCAAAAACUACUCCCUUGGAAAAAAAAUCUUUUUAAAAUCAAAUUUAAACAUUUCACUCUGUGAUGCAUAUUUCUUUUACCACUGGCCAUUAUUAUAAGGACCCAUGAAGUAAAUGUCACCAUCAUCUUACUUGCUCUCUCUCUCUCAGCAAAAUAAAACUGUGAUGUGUCUUCUUUGUAAAAGUUUAGGUAUAAAAUGCUAUGCAACUUUUUCUUUAUAGUAAGAGCUUUAUUUUCUUUAAUAAUAUAGCCCAACUUAUAUGUUUUAAUCUCCCGUCUCCCGCAGAAUAAGCAGAAAAAUAUAACUGCAGCUGUAUGUUAGACACAAGAAUUGAAACUGUGCAGUCAGUAGAGCUGAACUUAGCUAUGAAUUAAUUUAAAUUAAUUCUAAAGUGACUCUGGUUUCCAUUUUAGUCUAUUAGCUAGAGGGUUUUGGCUGUUGCUUUUUUUAAAGUUAGGUCCGCACAGUGAAGGGAAAAGAGUCUGUGAAGGUGAUCAGUGUAGCAGUAAGACAUCUAAAAUCAAGACAAUGACCUGGGGGCUUUGUGUACUUAGCUGGAUAAUUUCCUUCUACUGUCCUCUUCCCCUUGGCUGUGUAGAUAAAAUUGUGCAUUCAAAUGAUGGUACUUUGACUUUUGAGGGUUUUUAUUUCUGUUAUUCACAAAAUAAUCAUUCUCAUUUAUGUAUAUUGUAUGUUUCACCCCCAGUGGGAUUUCUGGCUGCUGAAAUCGCUUUGGGCUAGGAAAAACAAGGAUGAAGAGGUUCCUGUCAUUUCUUACGGAGUUCACAGAAUUAUUUGGGGCUUAAGUAGUACAAUGGAGACAGUCAUGUGCAAUGCUUCAGGUGGUCUGACGGGGUCCCUUUUGCUGGAGGUGUUCCUGAAGAGAUUGAACCUAGUAACAGGCUUUAUUUUCAUCUUGUGUACAACACGACAAAGACUGCUAAGAUUAAAAUCCGUCUCCCAUUUGUUACAGCCUCACCUGCACCAGGAUAGAAAGCACAUGAUGGAAUCUGUGAUGUCUAAUGUGUCUUACGAAAAUAGCCAAACAACUGUCCCUGGGGAUUCUGCUUUGAUUGGCAUUUUUAGUCAUGGGAAUGUAUUUUUGCAGAAAUACCUGCUUUGUGUUUGGGCCUCUCUUGCUGUCAUUAUCAUGUAUUUUGAGAUGAUUAGUCAAGAGUCAAGGUUGAGAGUAUAGGCCAAGACCAUGGAAAAAAAUCCAUGUUCACUGGCCAAUAAAGAGCUUGAUGCUGCCUGGCCAAAUAAGGUGAUUCAGAUAGAAUCUCAUCCCGUUCAGAGCCCGGUAACUGUCACUGUACAGAAGACACUGAAAAGGAAGUGGCAUAGUCACGAUCACAAGGAUAUAUUGACAGUUAUCUAUAGCCAGGGUAGUUGUUAGUACCUGCUUGUUUGGGGAGAUACGUUUGAUUAUAGAGAGACUCUGGGCUACCUUCAAACACCAUCAGAUGCAUUAGCAGCCCACUGCAUGGGAUAAUCGCAGGCAGAUACGAGGAUUGUAUCCCCUGCCUAUUUUCCUUGUGUAUCAAAUGGAAAACAUUCUCCCCUGUGAGAAAUAAUGCAGUUUCUAAUUAUCUGGAUGUUCAUUGAAAAUAUAUUAGACAUUCUCCCUGAGGUUACAAACAAAAACUAUAAUGUGACCUGUCUGGUAAAAAGUAUUAAUGAAGUAGCUCAUAUUACAACUUCGUUUUCUACCAGCACCUAUCAUAAUAAUCUUAGUCAUUUCACACAAAUCAGAACUUCCUUCCCCACCAGGGAGGACAACUUCAUACCAUGAUUGAAGCAUCUAUUCAGAACACGAGGCAAUAUUGUAGUCCACAGGGAAUGGAUGCUUCACUUGAUCGCUGGACCUCAGCUGCAGAGGCCAUUGCAGCUUUUGAAAAGUGAAGUGGUUAAUUUCCAUUGGCAUCUUUGCUUACAGCAUUUUUCUCUAACCUAUAACAAGGAGACAUUACGUUUUACUUUAGAACAUGAGAAUAGCAGUUUUGCUCACGAUUUACCAUUCCAGCUGCAGGGGAAAGCAAAGCAGAAAACAGUGCCCCAAACGGAAAAAAGAUACUUACACAGAACAAAACAGUUCUUGGUCUUUUUCUUGGUCUUGUCAAACCUUGCCUGAUGCUCUUUCUAAAGUCAAAAUACAAAUGCUAAGAAAGCAUAACUACAUCCUUCUCUGAUUUCUUCAGCAGGGUCAAAAGACAGUUACCAGCAAUGGGGAAUGCUUGUCACUGUGGAGAAAGAGUUUUGUACAUGUCUGGUACCAUUGUUAUAACAUAUCAAAUUUUCUUACUAUAGUUUUUUGUUUUCUAGCUGCACACCCACCAGAAGAGCACAAAGGAAGGCCAUCACAACAAGUAUUUUAAAAUUAAUAUCAAACAUGCACAUGCAUGUACACACACACACACACAUACACGGGGGCAUUUGUAAAGGUGUCCCUGGAAUGUAAGAUUUAUAACCGUUUAAGGCAAGGUGAAGGCAUUGCCAACUGUGUGUCCCUCAUAGGACUAGUGUAUAUUCACUGAAAGUUAACCUGAUGAUUUGUCAUUGUUUGAACCAUAUGCUGAUUUGCUUCUGGUUUCUGUUUAGUGUGUUCUCUCUGACAACGGGCUGGAAGAUUCUGCAUCACACAUCCUCUGAGACCUACCAUGUCGCACACUUUGUUAAUGACAAACUUCACUCUACACUAUACAGUACCUUGUUGAUAUAUUCAGUAAAGUCUUAUUUUAAAAGAAAACCA